UUAUAUCAACUUGCAUUUUUAUUUCGGAGAAAAAUACAGCGUUACAGACAUUGCUUGCAACGACCUGUUGAUUUUCAAGAUGGAAAACAAUUUAGAGUGUUUGAAUACAACUGCUGGCCAGCAGGUAUUUGUGGAGGGGACGCGGGAACCGGAUGAUGGAGCGAAAACCAAUUUCUUGAUAAGCGAGAUUGUUCCAAAUAAUAUUUCGGCAAGUGAUCCAGCUCGCAAAGCAACUCAACGACGUUCGAGAAGUGUGGAUAUAGGAAGAAGGAACCAAACUAUACUCGAAUCCAGACGUUCAAGAAGUGCGUGCAGCUUUGGAGUCACAGAAAUCGACUUACGUAGAAAUGGCGAUAACAAAAUUUCUUCGCAGCCAAAAUCGGCUCCCAUUUCUUCGGAGCCAAAAUCGUAUUCCAUUUCCUCGCAGCCAAAAAUGGCUUCCAUUUCCUCGCAACCAAAAGUGGCUGAAACCAGCAUGAACGAAAAAGAGAGUACGAAUCCUGUUAUUGUACCAAAUGUUUUCAUGACAACCUCCUGUCCAACGCUUGGGAAUGACGUCACCGAACCUGAUUAUCCCCAGUUCGCAACUCCCAAACUUUCGAAGUCAGCACCUUCAAUGCCUUCUAAAUCCAGCAAAUGGAAAUGGCUGCGUCAUCAACGCAAAGUUCACCCAUCACCUCAAACCGAUCCAUCACCUAGAACCGACAGCAGUCGAUCGAAGAAACGCAGCAACAAGAAAUCAUCAAAUGCCAAACGAUACUUUUUUCUCCCACUAGCACACUGGAGUAUGUUGGUGUGGAAACCACUUGCGGUGAUGACAUCACCGUUGAUGAACUUUAUGUAAAUUUUUCUUUUGAUUUAUUUAGAAAGCACUUAUUAUCAUAUGUUAGUUUUAUAUUAUAUACAAUAGUUUCAUUAUUUUAGAAUUAGAAUUGCAUUUGUUCUGAGAAUGAAUGACUGCCAUUUGUUUAUUUUUAGCCGAGAUAAUAUGUAUUUGAAAUGGGAUCCAACAUAGUAAUUGCUUUAAAAUCAUUAUUUUUAUGUUGUCAAAUUUGGAACUAAAUUCUGAUUCAAAUGGGAUAAAUUGACCUUUGGAAUAGCAUUGUCAACAGCUAACUUUUGUUAACGAAUGGGUAUUUAAAAAUUUAAAUUUUUUAUAUAAUUUAAUUAAUGAACUUGAUUUGACAAAAUUGAAAACAUUGUUAAAGCUAGUUGACUAAUUGGUAUUUUUCAAACUAUUUAUUUAGAUAUAUUACUUAUAAAUACGGAGAAUCUAAUGAAAUUUUGUGUAAUAUUUCGACUUGCAAUAUCUUUUUGAAUUUUUACGUGAUGGGAUAUUUUUACAUGGCUUUCAGCCUUGAGAUCUUUUGAUCUGACUAGUAAAAAUAUUCUUGAUAUCAUUGUCUAAAUUUGCUUUUAACAAACUCAAGUUUUUGUAUUCAUGUCAUAUUGCAUCACAAAAUUGUUUCAGAUUAUUUCAAUACGAUUUGAUUACGACACGGCUUUUCUGUUCUAAAAAUUUAUCGAUUAUUUAUCUUCGAGUUAGAUGUGUUCAAACUUGUUUGGCCGAGGGUAAUUAAGUGAAAAAAAAAUUUUGGAUUGAAUUGAUGCCUUGGCUUCCGAUUCAUCGGUUGCGACUAGUCACUGUCAUAUUCGUGGAAAAAUUCUGACUUGUGAUCGUGAUGUAUAUGUAUUAUGGUGUACAUAUGAAUUUUUGAAUAAAAAAUAUACUUUAAAGAUUUUGGGUAAACAUAUAUAUUGUGAAUUUUCAGCAUGUUAAAUAUUGAUUUUAUGUGAAUGAUGUGUAGAGUCCACCCACAGCGGGGAUUGUGACAUUUAUUUGUUAAGUUAGUGAUUAGGAGAAUGUAUUUUAACAUUUGUUUUUAGUCAAUAGCGUAUGUGGGUUUUAAGUAAACCACUCAAUCCUAGGAUUUUCACCUAAAUAGUCUAGUAUUUAAUGAAAUUUAUUAGUUUUUUUUUGUAUACAGAACAUUUUUAGUUUCAGUCAUUUUUAUAAUUAUAGUCAGUUUACAGUGAAUAAAUGC